CCUGAGUCCACUUGGCUGACCACUGGCCAUGGAGCCGCGUGCGGGGGGCGCCGCGGAACCUAAGGGGAGCAAAGGAGGCCGCAGCUUUCCCCUACCCGCGGCUCCCAGAGCCCGGCAGCUCCUGGCUCGGCUGGACGCGCGCCCCCUGGCGGCGCGAGCUGCGGCCGACGUGUCAGCGCUGGUACGCAGGGCCGGCGCCACCUUGCGCCUGCGUCCCAAGGAGGCCGAUAGUGCUUUUGAUUCUGCCGACAUAGAAGUCACAGACAGUCGUCUGCCUCAUGUCACUGCCGCGGAACACCGGCCUCAGCAGCGUCGAUCAGAGACUCUCGCUACGGGGACAGCGCCACCCCUAGUGACUCAGGGCGAAGGACGUGGUACCUCGAAGGCACCCCAGGCCUCUGAUCGCUUCUCUGUGGAGCUGGUGCGCGGUUCUGCAGGCUUUGGCCUCACCCUAAGUGGGGGCCGAGAUGUAGGAGGGGACGCUCCACUUGUGGUGCGCGGCCUGCUCAAGGACGGGCCAGCACAUCGCUGUGGGCGUUUGCAGGCCGGGGACCUCGUGCUCUAUGUCAACCGAGAGUCAACACAGGGCCUCACGCACGCCCAGGUUGUGGAGCGGAUCCGUGCUGGAGGCCCCCGGCUCCGCCUCGUGCUCUGCCGCCCUCUUGAGAGCCAACCUCGAAAGGUUGAGGGGAUGGGGAAGUCCCAGAAAGGCCGUGAUUGCAGCCCAGAUCCUGGCGAACCGGAAGUGAUAAAGUCCCGCGGCUGCACCAGCGCUUCCCCAGUUCAGCCCCCUCCAUUCUCCACCACGCCUAAGACUUGGAGCAGCAGCUCGGAGCCUAGUCCAGAGGUGACGCUUCCUCCUGAACGCCGCACUGAGGACCCAGAGGACCACGUCCCGGGUUCCCCAGGGCCCUGGCUGGUGCCCAGUCAGGAGCGCCUCUCGCGGGCCCUAGGGGUCCCAGCGCUGGGACAGCUCGCUCAGGAGGUGGCAGCUGGAAGGCGGAGGCACUGAGCAUGCAGCAGACGGCUCGGUGCUUAGCUUGGUAGUGCCCAGUCUGGAUCUGGCGUGUGCCCCGACAGCCGGCUACUAGAGAGCGUCCUCUGAAUAUCUGGUCCCCUCCCACGCUACAGUCGACCAUCCCGCGCUCCUCUUGCGGCGCCAGUGGUACGGCCCUCCCCAGCCCCGCGCUUCUGGUUCCAGGCUUCUGGUUCCAGGCGGGGGAGCUAAUAAAAUGCUUCGAUCUA